UGCUGGGAUCACUGCUGGCCAAGCGCGCCUCUGCGGCCAUGCUCUCGGGGCCAUUUUGGGGUGCUGGCCCGCCCCACACCUGUCUGCUGGGACGCCCCGGGGCCAGGACUGACGGGCCGUCCCCCUGCCCACAGCCCCGAGAUGCUGCGCAUGGCGCGCGGGGGCAGCUCUGGCCUCCUGAAGUGCGGGAAGGGCACGACGUACGAGGGCGGCAUGCGCGGGCCCGCCGUGGCCUAUUGGCCGGGCCGCAUCUCGCCGGGCGUGACCCACGAGCUGGCCAGCACCCUGGACAUCCUGCCCACCAUGGCUGCCCUGGCCGGGGCGCCGCUCCUCGACGUCGAGCUGGACGGCUACGACCUGACCCCGGUGCUCUUCGGACAAGGGCCGAGCCCCCGGCAGACGAUGUUUUACUACCCGUCGUCCCCCAGCAAGGCGCGGGGCGUCUUCGCCGUCAGGCAGGGGAAGUACAAGGCCCAUUUCUUCACCCGAGGUGACUUCCACAGCGACACGACCCCUGACGUGGCCUGCCACGGCCUGACGCCGCUGACGCCCCACGAGCCCCCGCUGCUCUUCGACCUGGAGUCAGACCCGGCGGAGAACUACGACCUGCUGCGGAGCAGCACGGCCCUGAGCCCCGUAGUGCUGUGGGCGCUGAAGGAGAUCCAGAUGCAGAAGAUGCAGUUCGACCAGCGCAUGGUGUUCGGGGACAGCCAGAUGAAGAAGGGCUACGAUCCCGCUCUGGAGCCUUGCUGCGUCCCCGCCUGCACCCCCAAGCCCUCCUGCUGCCGCUGCCCCUAGCCUGGCCCUCACCACGGCCCCCCCGUCUUCCCUGCCGCAACCCGCGGCUGCCAGCGUGGCCCGACUAACCCCCCAGGGCUUUGCGGCCCCUUGGGGCUGCCCGUGCUCCCGGCUGAGCUGGCGGUGCUGGCUGGUCGCGGAGCCGUGAGCCACGGGCCCCCCGCACUGGAGGGCCCACAGUGCUCAUGUUUAUUACUAACGCUGGACGUCUGUCCGCCCUUCGUGGGGAGGUCUCUGUCUGCCUCUGUCUGUCUGCUGCGCGCUCUGCCCAUAGAGCCCAGGCCCUGCCCCGAGCCCAGCCCCAGACCCCGCUGGCAGGGAUGGCGAGGCCGGGAGCAGCUCUGUGUGCAUCCAUGCAUGAAGCCAGGGUCCUAGCCCACAGGUGCUGAGGCCUGGGGCCGGGUGGCCACGUGCCCCGUGUCCCAGGACAGCCUGUGGUGCUGGGCUGAGUGCUGUGGGUCUGGGUGGCUGGGCGCCGUGCAGGGGGCUCGGGGCAGGCAUGGAGCCCCCUUGCAGCCCCCGGCUGCGGGCAUGGGACAGAUGCAGCGAAAUGGAGAGAGCCCAGCCGUGCGCUGCGGCCUGGGGGGAAAGGCUGGAGCUCCCUGGACGGUGGCUCUGGAGGAGAGGCCGGCGGGGACAGCGGGGCGGUCAGCAGAGGAGAGGGGGAGAGACGUGUCUGUCUGCAGGGGACAGGACAGCAGAGGCUCCCAUUGCUCUCAGAGAGGCUGCAGUUGGAGGUGAGGAAGGACGUGGAGCUGAGGCCCUAGCAAGGCCUUGGGACCUCCUGGGCAGCCAGGAUGUGACCCCAGGGCCUGCCCGCCUGCCCUUUCCUUGGAGCUCGCAGCUGCUGCCUGCCCAGCCCUGGGGCCCCGGGCAGGGCUGGGGGAAUGGAGACGGGGUCCCCACAGGCCACCUAUUCGGGGGUCUUCUGGCCUCGGCCUCCCUGUCGGGCCUCAGCUAGAGACCACCUCUCCCCAGCUCGCAGGGUCUGAUGCUGGCACCACGGGGCCGGGCACUUGGGUGCCAGGAGAUGGUGAGGGACCCAUUGAGCUCUCCCUUCCUGUGGAGGUUCAAGGCAUGGCUGUGUCCCUUUUUCUGCAAAACAAGCUGGAAGUGCAACUUCUGGCCCCUUCCCCAGACUCCAGGAGCUGGGGCUUCAACCGCUGCAGGUGCGGGAGCGGAGGAGAGCUGGUCCUGAGCCCUGCAAGUAGGAGAGGGGGCACAAAGGGAGACCCCCCUCAUCUUCCAGGGAGCUGUUGGGACAAAGCUGGAGCUGGUUCAGGGCUCCCCCGUGCCUGCACUAAUCACUAGGCCACAGCACCACCCUCCCAUGGCUCAUUGCCUUCAUGCUCCUGGCCCCAGCACUUUGGAAAGACAGGAAUAGACCAUGGUCGUGCCCAGCAGGGAGGUGGCAGGGGGCCGUGCCUGCAGGAAAGCAGGCUCCGUGGAGCGCCGGGGCCUUUCCCCGUGGGGUGUCGGCCACCCCGUGCAACAGCCACAGCUGGAGAGUGCAA